GACUCUGUUGGGCCAACCGGCCAAGCCAGAAACGGGCUCGAGUCCGUACUUUAUACUCCCAACAUUUUCAAUGUUGUCUCCCUUGCGAAAGUCUCGUUCUUUUCGCCUUUUCCCCUUCAUUCCCAGAAUCCCAUUAAGUUUCAGGUGCGUAAAUUUGUGAUUCACUUGGGUUUUAAGAGUUCUUUGAAAAAUCGUUAGUUAUUUUGACUCAGCAAAAUCUAAGAGAGGAGCUGAAAAACCCCAAUUUAAGAUAUGUCAGGAAGCAGGAAGGAAACAGUCUUGGACCUGGCAAAGUUUGUGGACAAAGGUGUCCAAGUGAAGCUCACUGGUGGCAGACAAGUGACAGGAACUCUAAAAGGAUAUGAUCAGUUACUAAACCUUGUUUUGGAUGAAGCCACAGAGUUUUUGAGAGAUGCUGACGAUCCACUGAAGACUACUGAUCAGACCAGGCGCCUAGGCCUUAUAGUUUGUAGGGGAACUGCUGUAAUGCUUGUGUCCCCAACGGAUGGAACUGAUGAGAUUGCCAACCCUUUCCUCCAGCCAGAUGGGGCCUAGACAUAUAUUUUUGUAACUUAAUUAGUUAUCUAAAUCUGUAUGCUCAUAGUACCCCUUUCACCAUUUAAUUCUAAGAAACCUUAAUGGGGGGAGUUAGUGAUGAGCCUCACUUAGGCUACUUUGGACACACGAAUAUUGUCAUUUCUGAACUAAAGUAGUGCCAUCGUUAAUGCAUAUGAGCCUCACUUAGGCUACUUUGGACAUAUAA